AUGGAAAAAAGAGAAGAAGAAAGAAGGAUCUUCAACGAUGACGAAGCAUCCAAAUAUGUGGAUGGCAUUGGCGUGCACUGGUAUCUUGAUGGUCUCAUCCCGGUCUCGGUACUGACAACUACCCAUAACAGACAUCCAGGAAAGUUUCUACUCGCCACUGAGGAUUUGAACAAUUUCGUCACUGGCUGGACUGACUGGAACAUGUGCCUCAAUGAGCGAGGCGGUCCAAACUGGGUUGACAAUUUUGUCGAUUCACCAGUCAUUGUGAACGCGACAUCAGAUGAGUUUUACAAGCAGCCAAUGUUUUACGCAAUGGGACAUUUC